UCUCGGUCAUUUAAGAUGUCUGCAUUGUCUGCUGCUUUGACUGACGUGUUGUGAAAAAAAGCUUUUCGUUUUUCGUAGAUUACUUGAUGACUUUCGAUGCAAGACUUGUUUCUAAGGGCAAUAUUUAGAAAAUAAGAUAGUGUUAACGAGUUAAUUAAAGUUAAGGCCACCAUGGCGGUGCUAGCAGCAGCACAGUUGCUGGACGAAUUGAUGGGCAGGCAUCGCAACACAAAUCCAAAUGAAAAAAUCAAAAAACCGAACUGGGAGGACCCCGAGUAUUGUAAAUAUUACAUGGUAAAGUUCUGUCCUCAUGAUCUGUUUGUGAACACCCGAGCUGACCUAGGUACAUGUGCCAAGGUCCACGAUGAUGAAGUAAAGGAAUUAUUUGAGAGGGCAGAAUCAUCAUAUAAGAAGACGCAGCAUGUUGAGGAGUUUCUACGGUUUUGUCGGCACAUGAUCAAUGAUGUGGAACGUAAGAUACAAAAAGGUAAGCAGCGAUUGGACCUGAUGAACUCUAAACCUGAAGGACCACCAAUGACACAGGCACAAACUGAAAAGAAUCAAGAACAGGUGAAGCUACUUUCGGAGAAAGUUACGGCUUUGAUGCAAGAGGCAGAGGAAGCGGGUACCCGGGGAGACGUGGAACAGGCACAGGGACUGAUGAAACUAUGCGACAGACUGAAAGAUGAAAAAGAACAGCUCAUUAAACAACAGGAAAAUAGCCACUGGUCGAUGACGGCGGAGCUCGCAGCAGCACAAGAGAAGCAGAUGGAGGUAUGCCCUGUUUGCGGCGCCUUCCUCAUUGUCGGAGACGCCCAGCAACGCAUUGAUGACCAUCUUUCUGGAAAACAACAUGUUGGUUAUUUCAAGCUCCGUCAGGCCUACGAGGAGAUGAGCGAGGCCCGUGAGAAGGAGCAGCAAGAGAAAGAGAGGAAACGCCGAGAAGAGAGGGAGAAGGAGAGAAAUUCGCGCGGCGGAGGGCUGGGGUCGGACCGGCGCGACCGCGAGCGUAUGGAGCGGGACAGGGAGCGUGAGCGAGACAGAGAUAGGGACCGUCACAGGUCCAAUCGAGAGGAGAAAGACAAGGAAAAGGAGAAAGAGAAGAGCAGUCGGCACGACGACCGCGAGAAGGACCGCGAUCGCGAACAACGUGAUCGCGAGAAGGACCGCGAGCGUGACCGCGAUCGCGACCGCAAACAUCGCAAGGAUAGACGUUCCCCGAGCUCGCGUGAUCGCUCGCGCCGGCGCUCUCGCGACCGUCACUAGCACCUGUCUGAGGUAUCACAAAUGCGCCUGAAAACGUUGGCAAUAGACAUCGAGUUCCGGCCAGCUACAAAGAGGUACUUUUGAACUUAGCCUGCUGCCGGGAAGAGCCUGCAAGACUCGAGAACACCGCCAGCCAGCGUAUCGAGGUGACUUAGCAUAGUCGCGCGUAAAUGUUAUAAUAUUAGCUAUUCCAAAUUUAAUGAUGCAUGUAGUAUGCUGCGAUUUUAUUGGUCAUGUUUUAGAUAAAAAAUGUAACUUGUAGCUACCACUACAUUGUUUGAUUCUUAGGGAGGUCACUGAUUUACUGUAAACGAGAUCCUCCUCAGGAGAUUCAGGUAUUUAUCACAUAUUUUUUAUUCGUCGUAAUGAUGUUAAUGUGUUUGAUUUGUCGACAUUGAACUAGGGGAUUCUACAAAUAAAGUACCUAUGAACUAUACAA